AUAGGGAGGAGCAAGGUCACAUAGAGCAAAGUCGGAGAGGGAGCGAAAGUAUUUGUCUCCAGCCAACCGCUCAGGAUGAACAACUGCUACAAGCCGCUUGCGGCUCCCGCUCAGAACGACGCAAAGAGUAAGCGGAGGGAUCGGGACGGCAAGGCUCCCAACGGCACCGCCACGAAAGAACCAAGCCUCGCAAGCACUACCCGCGAGGAUGGGCGUGCGCCGUAUGACAUGCGUCAGGUGUACAUGGAUGUCGGGGUUGUGGCUCACGCAACGGGGUCGGCAUACGUGGAGUUUAACCACACCAAGGUGAUAUGCGCUGUCUAUGGGCCGCACGCGCAAACCGGAGGGGACAGCGCUUUCAGCGAAGAGGGGCAGCUCCAGUGCGAUUUUUCCUACGCGCCGUUUGCGAUGCCGGGAGGACGCCGGGAAACCAGGGGAGGGAAGAAGGACGAUGAGCGGGAGCUGUCCACCUUGUUACGACAGACCCUAGAGUCUUCCAUUCAGGUGCAUCGACUCACCAAAUCUGUCGUCGGGGUUCACGUCAUGGUCCUUCAAGCAGACGGCGGGGAGCUUGCAGUUGCCACGACGUGCGCUUCAAUGGCAUUAGCUGACGCAGGGAUAGAGCUCUACGAUCUUGUGACUGCAUGCUCCGUGGGUUACUGUGGGACACAAAUGGUCUUGGACCCAACGAAAGAAGAAGAGAAGAGCGGGGCGGGCGUGAUGACUAUCGCUCUCAUGCCAGGGUCGCAGCAGGUCACACAGUGGUGGCAGGAAGGACGAUUCGACGGACAAAAGGUCGCAGAGGCACUCGAGCUUUGCACAGAUGGCUGCGGCUGUGUCCACAAGAUGAUGGAGGCCAAGCUCAAAGCUUCCACGACGAAGAAAUGA